GGGACCAGAGAGGCACAGAGCAGACACAGGAACCUACAGCAUCUUCUGAUGGGAGCACAAAGCCCACUAAUACUUCCCCUCACACAGACACAGAGUUGCCUAGUCACACACACACCAGGCAAGAUCAGCCAGGACCACUCGCACAAGCAGUCGACUACACUCUUGUCCACAACACACCUGUGGUCAGGGUUCAGGCUGAGGGACCACCACAGCGCGGUCCUUAACACACAGGCACUGCAAAAGGACCCCUGGGGUGGCUCAGUGGUUGAGUGUUGACCUAUGAACUAGGAGGUCAUGGUUCGAAUAUUGACCUGGGCACAUGCCCAGGUUGCAGGCUCGAUCCCCAAUAGAGGACGUGUAGAAGGCAGCCCACCAGUGAUUCUCUGUCAUUGAUGUUUCUCUCUCUCUCUACCACUCCCUUCCUCUCGGGAGUCAAUAAAAAUAUAUUUAAACAACAAACAAACAAACAAAACAGAAGGACCCUGGACUGAGAUCUAGAGAGGAAGGGGUUUCUGGAAAUGAAUACCCUUCCCUGCACCUGCACUGAGCAGGUCAGCCCCCAGAGGACAUCAGCUAUAGUCCGCAGGAUCCUAAUGGCAGCAGAGCCACUGACUGAGGUGGAGACAGCCAUUGACACAUUGGCCCAUGCCUUCUGCACCUUUGCAAAGCGCGAGGGCCAGAAGGGCAGCCUCAACGUCAAUGACUUUAAGGAAAUGGCCACUCAGCAGUUCCCUCACCUGGUCAAGGAUGUGGGCUCCUUGGAUGAGAAGAUGAAGAGCUUGAAUGUGAAAGGGGACUCAAAGCACCUGUUCGAUGAGUACUGGAGUCUGAUUGGGGAGCUGGCCAAAGAGAUCAGAAAGGAGAAGGAGACGCAGAAGAAGUCCGGUUGGCUGGGAUAAGAUGGGCAGGACCAGGCAGAACUCUACUCCCUGCAAAUAAAGCCUUCUCCUUGACACA